AUGUCCUCCGCAAAUUGCCCCGAAGAGCUGGAUUUCGGUCUUAUCUUUGAGGAGGGCGAACACAAUGAAGGUCUUGCCGCCCAGCUGGCUCCCACCCACUACCAGCAAUAUGCGAGUCCUGCAUAUGGCGCCCAGGGGAAUUCGCCAUCAUUCCCUUGUCCCAGCAUCCAGAUAACGGCCAUUGCGGCCAGCACGAACAGCAAUAAUGAUGAAUCACUUGGUGCGGAAGGUGGCUACCUGGAGUCGUCGUGGCCCAGAAACCAGUUGUACCUCCCGCUGGAACCGUGCUACCGUGAUGCGCCCUUCUGCCCGAGCCCCUGUAGCAGCCUGUCGUCCCGCAGCUGGAUAUCAGACCUUUCGUCCUGUGACUCUUUCUCACAUGCCAACGGUGAUAAUGCAGACAGCGAUCUGCGCGAUGCAGCACUGCUGUUGGCACUGGGUACCCCGGGCUGUGGCAACCAGGGCGGAGGAGCUUUUGGAGUGGAGCUGUGGCAGCAGAAGUACCAGAACCCUCAGAACUCUGCUUCGGUCAGUCCAGCACUGUCGCCUUACCAGUCCCCUCAGCACUCCCCUCGUGCCAGCAUUUCCGAAGACACGUGGAUGAACCGCCGACCAGCUUCCAGACCAUCCUCCAGACCCACGUCGCCAUGUGGGAAGCGUCGUUACGCCAACGGUGACGCUUUUGCACGUUCGCCGUCACCUCAGUGCCUCCCCAGCGUUACAUUGGGCGGGUCACCGUGGGGCAGUGUGACAGACGUCACGGCGGCAGGACCGCUCGGACUCUCCUACCAGGAGCUGGACGUCCCGUCAAAGACCAGAAGGAAGUCUGGAACGCGGAUGGGUGUCAUGAUGGGAGAAUCGUUUCCUGAGGAUAUGGGCGGCAGCAGGGUGCCCACACCUAGGGAGGAGUCACGUGACAGUGGCGACUUGGCUGAGGUUUUCCUUCAGGUUCCUCCCCACUUUAGCUGGACCGCCCCCACAAAUGCAACGGCACCCCUGUUCCGACCUUCGUCCCCUCCUCCUCUGGAUUUCCCUCUGCCGAGUUCCUUUGGGCCCAAUCGGCUAAGCGUGGAAGCAGAACCUCGGCCGUACCACCGCGCUCACUACGAGACCGAGGGUAGCCGGGGAGCCAUCAAGACUCAUGAUGGGGGACACCCCAAAGUCAAGCUGAGCGGUCCAUGCUGGCGUCCGCCGUCCAGCCUGCUGGUGUUCAUGGGCACAGCAGACGAGCGCCAACCCCUUCGCCCGCACUCUUUCUACCGAGUCCACCGCGUGACAGGAAAAACGGUGAACACCUCCUGCCAGGAGAAGAUGGUGGACGAGACCAAAGUCUUGGAGGUCCCCCUCAUGCCUGACAAUGACAUGACCGCCACCAUCGACUGCGUGGGAAUCCUGAAGCUGCGAAACGCUGACAUCGAGCUGAAGAAAGGCGAAACAGACGUGGGAAGGAAGAACACCCGCGUGCGAGUGGUGUUCAGGGUCGCCCUGCCGCAGCCGGACGGACAGACACUAUGGCUGCAGACAACCUCACAUCCUGUCGAGUGCUCACAGCGUUCGGGUCUAGAACUCCCCCAUGUGGACCAAUUUGCACCCGCUAGCUGCCAGCAGGAAGGCGGACAACGUCUUGUCAUCCUGGGGUCCAACAUGUCCUCGCGCUCCAGGGUGGUCUUCGCGGAGAAAAGUCCCGAUGGGCGUGUCCUAUGGGAGGCAGAUGCUGCUGUCGUACCCGAAAAGAGCAGCAGUUCCAGCCUCACUGUGGACAUUCCAGCAUACAACCACAAGACGAGGGUUCCCGUCCAAGUGCUCUUUUACGUAGCUAACGGCAAAAGAAGAAGUGCGUGGCAGAACUUUACUUACCUGCCAGGAACCCCGAAACAAUUCGCCCCACCCCCCUGUCAGGUGGCUGCGCUUGAUGAGGAAGCACUUCAUUAUCUCCCCGGUGAGCCGGCCUUGCAUAGUGGACUCCACAUCAAACGGGAAGCUCAGGACACUCACACAGUGGCGCUGCUGGAGUUGCAGGAGAUCACACUGGACGACGUCAAUGAAAUCAUCGACAGAGACGCAUGCAACCAGAGCAGUGCCACUAGAGCCGACCCACCGGACCAGUACCACCAGUGCGACUGGGACUUCAAGUCAGGCGAAGCCGUCCUUCCCUCACUAAGCCAGCACUAG